GCAGCAUCAUCAAAGCGACAUGUACGCAUACGUGCGAUACAUAGAGGACGAGGUGAAGGCAAUUUUGCCCGUGUCUCUCAUCAGGAGUUUUAACCCCAAAAGUUGUGAAGAUUAUGACAGAUCAACCGUCAGAAAGGCGUUCUGGCGAUCGAAGAACGGCGACGUCAUGAACUAUUACGAUGCCAAGGUUCUACUGCUUGGAAUUGGCCUCGUUCCCAGGUUAACGGACGGCAAAGCCGCAAGGCGUGCCAAGGUCAAUAGUCGCACCCCGCGACCAUUUUUGGGGCGGUCCUGUGCCAAGAGUACCCCAACUCGGCCAAACUUAGAUAUUGCUGGCAGUGAGGUGACUCUCGAGGAUGGCAUCACCAUUAGAACAGAAAAGCUGGAGUGGGUUCUUGGUGCGACAAAGGAUUCUCUCUUUUGCCGUGAUAUGGCGAGGACAUUGUGGAGCACAGAAGAACUAUCAGAGCGGAGCGUGACCGGCGAGGCUUGCAGGCGCUUGGCGAAGGACGGAGUACAGGGGAAGAAGCGCCUGACACCAAAGAAGGUAGAUGCUCUGGGAAAUGCCUACUGGGAAUACUUGAAAAGAAAUCGGGACACUGAUCAGUCAGGUGAAGAACGCUUCGGCACAAUGACAACGCAUCUGCGUAACCUCCUCUCUGACAUCAACAGGAAAAAAUAA